AUGAAGGCUCUCGCAGUUCUGUUUACCGCUGUCAGCCUCGCGGUGGCCAAACCGCCUCCGGAGAGCGACCCGACCAUCCUCUUCGGAGUGGGUGCGGCCCGCUCGGAGCUAGGCUGCGGGAGCCACACGCUGACCGCCGGCACGUACACCAUCAAGUCGCCCAACUACCCCGCCAACUAUGGCAACAACGUCGACUGUGCCUACAACCUGGCGCCCGGCGCCGACGUCACCUCCUUCAAGGUGGAGUGUUCGGCGUUCAGCCUCGAGUCCCACUCCUCCUGUAACUACGACUGGCUGAUGGUAGGUGGCGCCAAGUACUGCGGCACCGCCGGACCGUCCGUCACCAAGGUGGGUGCUCUGGAGCUCUCCUUCCACUCCGACUACUCGGUCACAAGUACUGGCUACCAGUGCACCAUCACGGCCCAGGCCGGCGGCACUCCCCAGGAGCUGGCCUGCGGCUCGCACACUGUCGCUCCCGGACUCUACAGCAUCAAGUCGCCCGGCUACCCCUCCAACUACGGCAACAACCUGGACUGCGCCUACACCAUCACCCCGGGCUCCGGCGUGAACACGAUGACGCUCGCCUGCUGCCAGUUCGAGAUCGAGUACAACAGCAGCUGCGGCUGGGACUGGCUGCGCGUUAACGGCGUCAAAUACUGCGGCCGCCAGGGCCCGGCACUCAGCGAGAGCGGCGCGUACACCAUCGACUUCCACUCGGACUACUCGGUGGUGAAGGCCGGCUACUACUGCGAGGUGCGCGCCACCCCCUGA